CAUACACGCACGUACAUAUAUAUAUACACACACUUGUAGAUCUAGUCUAGAUGACUAAAAGUAAAAUAUGGCAGCAGAUACAGAAAAAUGGUUGUGUCAUGAACUAGAAAAAAUAGGAUUAGAUGAAGAAAUAAGCCGGUAUAUUAUGUCCAUUGAAGAUAUCACAGAUCAGAGAAAUUAUAUAACAGAAUUGAUUGAGACAGAUUCUAAGAAAAAUAAGUUUUUACAAGACUGGCAAGCUCAUUAUGGAAAAGAAAGCAAUAAUCCUACUUUUCAGGUUUACCAAAAGCAGAGAUUUGAUGUUCAGCAGAAAUCUAAGGAGAAAAACAAAUCAACACCUGCAACUCCAGUAAAUAGUGCACUUUUUAAUGUAAAUCAAAAAGAAAAUUGCAAUACUUCUGUGGCUUUACAGAAUGGUUCAUUAUCUAGUCAGAUCGGAUCUGGUAGUAUGGAGAUUGGCAUCGGGGCCAAGAAGAAAACUAAAUUUGUUUCUUUGUACAGUAAAGAGGGACAAGCCAAAUCAGUCAUUCAUCUUCCAGGUCGUCACAUAUGUGAAUGCCAGGCUGCCAAACAUAAACUUAUUAACAACUGUAUACAAUGUGGCAGGAUAGUCUGUGAACAAGAAGGAGCUGGUCCAUGUGUCUUUUGUGGCUCUUUGGUAUGCACUCCUGAAGAUCAAGAGCUAAUAGAUAAAGGUUCAAAAAAAGGAGAAAAACUCAGACAGCGACUUUUGAAAGGCGGCAGUCAGUCUACAUCAAAACAGAAUAAUACAAAUGAUUCACUCUUAGACAAAAACCAAAAAGGAUUUGAACAAGCCCUUCAGCAUAGAAAUAAAUUAUUGGAAUAUGAUAAAUAUAGUGUCAGGAGAACUCAAGUGAUUGAUGACGAGUGUGAUUACUAUAAUACUGAUAGUAACAAAUGGCUGAAUGAAGAAGAGAGAAACAAACUACGAAAUCGGGAGGAAAUGCUGCGCGAAGCUCGUCAUGGCUCAAAGCGCGAUAGAAAGAUAACAUUGGACUUUGCAGGGCGUAAAAUUAUUGAUGCAGAAGAUGAUGCAGCUCAGAGGAUGUAUGAUAUACAUGAUAGUGUCAUUCAGGAAGUGCACUAUGGCACUGCUGCUAAUGGGAAAAAAUCUAAAGUAGAAGACUUUGACUCUGGAGUUGCUAUAGCUCCAGUGUUUGAUGAUUCUGCUGUACAGUGGGGCCCUACUAAGACACCGUUUACCAGAAUGUCCAACACUCAGUCAUCCCAGCGUAUACAAGACAGAGAGUUGCAGGAAAUGUCUGACCAUGGCUUAUGUCUAAGUAUGCACCAACCUUGGGCAUCUCUCUUAGUAUCAGGAAUCAAAAAGGAUGAAGGGAGGACAUGGUAUACAGCUCACAGGGGUAGACUUUGGAUUGCCUCAACUACCAAAGCCCCAACAACUGAUGAAAUUAAAGAGAUGGAAAGUAUAUACUCUCAUAUUUAUAAAGGUCACUCACUAAGAUUUCCUACAAGCUAUCCAACAGCUUCUUUACUGGGCUGUGUCAAUGUAGAAGACUGUUUGUCUCAGGAAGAUUACAGAGAGCAGUAUCCUGAUGGAGAAUCUAAUUCUCCAUUUGUGUUCAUCUGUUCUAAUCCUCAAGAACUGCUUGUCAAAUUUCCCAUUAAAGGAAAACACAAAAUUUAUAAACUGGACCAGAAUGUUCAUCAAGCUGCCAAGAAAGGACUAAGAUAGCACUCACUUGACCAUUAGUUUUAUCAAGCUGCCAAGAAAGGACUAAGAUAGCACUCACUUGACCAUUAGUUUCAUCAAGCUGCCAAGAAAGGACUAAGAUAGCACUCACUUGACCAUUAGUUUUAUCAAGCUGCCAAGAAAGGACUAAGAUAGCACUCACUUGACCAUUAGAUGGAGCUGGUGUUUACUUUUGUUUGAGAUAUUGGGUUUCGUGUCUUAGAUCCAAUAGGAAUCUAUCAGUUUGUGGUGUUAGGGAUAGAUUAUCUCUGUUCAAAUGUUGCUAAAUAUUUGGUGGUAGUCAUAAUUUAUAAUAGUUGAAUGAUGCUUAGGGAUAGUUCAAUGGUAUGUCUGUUCCUUUCCCAUUUCAGACCUUACCAUCUAAAAUAAGAUCUUAGUUCAAUAAACCCUUGAAAUCUGAUCUGAAACUGCUUUGAAUCGUACAUUUCUUUAAUAAACUUGGUGAUGAGAGUAAUGUGCAACUGAACUGAGUGUCUUAAGUGUUAGUCUUGGUAAAGACUGGGAUUUUAAUUAUUCUUUUUUUGAAAAUUUAUUUGAACUUAAAGUUUGUAGACUUUUUUUGCAAAAUACAUUUGUAAAUGGAAGCACAUAAAUACUACCCAGUAUAAGUUUAGUAACUAGCCUUUUAAAAACAAUCUAUAUUUCUAAUCAAAACAAAUUAAAAGCAUAAACUCAUGAUAAAUAAAUAAUAAUAAUAAUAAUAAUAAUAAUAAUAAUAAUAAUAAUAAUCUUUAUUAUCCGUAAGGAAAUUUAUCUUACAAUUUGUGCAUUACACCAAACAAAAAACAUUAUAACUAUAAGAAACCAAAGUGUACAUUCACACCAGACGCACUCAUAAUUUACAUGUGACAAAGUUUAUACCAGAUUGUUCUUAUUUAAUGAUUUGAUUGCCAGGGGAACAAAAGAGUGUUUGUGUCUGUUUGUCUUUGCUAUCGGUGUCUUGUAUCUCUUUUGUGAUGGUAAAAUCACAAAAUCCUGACCCAAAGGGUGAUUCUUUAUUUCGAGGAUCUUGUUAGCUUUUUUAUAGAUGUUUGUCUCAAACAACUGACCAAAUGGGGUUUGUUUUUUGCCAAUGAUUUUGCCAGCAGCAUUUAGGAUUCUAUAAAGUUUAUUCCUAUUUUUAAUGCUCAGAUUGCCAUACCAGGCAGUGAUAUUGAAACUUAAAAUAUUGCAGAUACUAUGAAGACAACUGGACUUGAUCUGUAUCUAAAUUUUUUUGGAAAUGGUUUUAGAUUGGUGAAACUGUGAUAGCUUUCUCCAAGCCUUACAAUUCUGUACAUUGAUUUGUAUUAUUAUUUUGAUUCAGUUCCAAAUGUAAACAUAACAUUGCCUAGGUUAAUGUCUGUCAAUGUCCUGUGACAAAUAAAAUGUAUGCAUUAUUUGUU